AUGUUGGGCACCUUCGACCAGUGCUGGGGUGCUCUUGUCAGGACUGAGAGGCGCCCGCCACCACGAGCUCCACGCUUUGGGUCGCCGUGGCCCUGCGAAGAAGAGGUGAGUCCCCGACAAUGGAUGGAACGCGCCGGCUUUGCGGUUUUCCUGCGCGCAGUUGGUGCCGUGGAGCGUGGUGUGGCCGUGCCCGGAACGCCUGAGGAGCUUCGACGCAUGUGCGGCGUUGUUGCCGUGCAGGAUGAUGGCUUUUGUGGGUUUUGGUGCUUGGCUUAUCUCCUUGGUAUGGACUUACCACGUACCCUUGAAAAGGUGACCAUGGAGUUGGAUUCUUGCCGACAUUUGGCAAGUCAUGCCCGAGCUCAGGGCCGACACCCAUCAGCAGAGGAUCGAGCGUGGGAGAGGUUGUGGAACAUCGCAGAUGCCAAACUACGCUGUUUGAGGUACCGGGGUUCUCACGUUGACCUGGUCUCAUGCGAGUUGCAACGGAGGGGGCUGCAGGACACCAACUGCUUCCUCACACACGCAGAACUCUCAUUGUUGUGUGCCCGCAUGUGCGGGAGCUGGACGCCUGUGGUGGAGGUUACGCCGGACUUUCAUGCGUCAGAAGAGACUGGAGACCACACCAUGCUUGCUCUUGCAGCUGAAGGAGUACCCACAUUGGAGGCCAUUCUCUGUACUUUUGAGAUUGAGGCUGAAGCCUUGCGAGAGGCUGGUUGGAGGCUAUAUGAGCAAGGCUUCCGGCUCAUCACUGCGGAGCCUGUGGCCGAGGGAAGGCCCAGCUGCACGGCGGCACCCAGCUUCGAAGAUCUGCGGCGCAUGCGGCCAUUGAUCAUCCAUCUCGGCACCCACUACUUCUUGCUGGAAUCUGUGGAGGACGUGCCUGAAUCCUUGAACAUGGAAGAGGCUUUGUUCCUCUACUGCCAAAGGCGCAUUGCAGAGGCGCUCCAUGCGCGCAGUGCCGAACUCCGGCGCAAGGCGCAAGAGCAGCGUCAGACACAGGACCGCGUGAGGGAAGAGAUCUCCAGCAAAGAGAAGGAGGUCGCCAACUUGCGGCAAGAGGCUUUGCGCUUGCAACUUGAAGCUGAAGAACACCGACAGGAACUGAAGGAACAGCGCUCUGGCAAGCGCAGCAACUCCGGUGCUUUGCAGAAAGAGGUGGAUCACCGAAGGCAUCAAGUGGAAAUCCUCAAAGCGGAGCUGGCAAAGCAAGAGAGGGAAACGAAGAAGCUUGUGGAGGAUUCACUAUCCGAAGCCCUCCAGGUGGCCUCAGCUAGAGAUCUGCGCAGUGAGCUGCAAUGGAAAACUGAGCUCGAAGCAGAAUUGGAACGCCUGAGGCGCUCGGUGAUUGGACCUUGA